AUGUGUAAACAUAUUUUAAAUGCACAAGUCUCUAUCCGAGUACCAUGUUGUAAAAGAUGGUUUGAUUGUCCAGAAUGUCAUUUAGAAGUGUCAGAUCAUCCUUUGUUAAAAUUAGAUGAAAUAACAUUUAUAUGUAAAAAAUGCAAAGUAAUUCCAACAUUUGGUUUUUAUAAAGCAUUUAGAAAGAAUAUUGAAGAUUUUGAAGAUGAAUCGGAUGAAUAUUGUCCUCAUUGUGACAAUCACUUUAUCAUUAAUGCAAUUACUCCUCAGCCUGCGUUGACAAUUGAGACAGAAGAUGUUCGUAAAGACAGCAGAGUAAUCAAAGAUUAUCGUAAACGCCAUGAUACAAAAUAG